GUGAAAUUUAGUCAAUGUUUUCACUCAAUUUUUAUUCAGUGUUAGUUGUUUAACAUCAUAUUGUUACACUUCAGUUUUGAGGUUAAUAAAACUAUGAAUAAAUUGGCAAAACAUUGGAGGGACGCGGCAACAGUGAUUCUGGCCGCAAGGGCGCCUGCUGUACAGAAAACAAGUCAUGGACCUUGGACUCAGAAUUAUGACUUCAGACUUCUGAUGUUGAAAAGAAGUAGUAAAAGCAAAUUUAUGCCAAGCGCUUAUGUCUUUCCUGGUGGUAUGGCAUCCGAGGCUGAUUUUUCUAAUGAAUGGUGUGAUGUUUUUAACACUGAUUUACAAAAACUUGGAAGAGAUUUGGAGCCUCUUAGUGGUCCGCGUCCACCUAUGUUCACAACCCAAUCGGAAGACCAACCUUCUGGAUCAAUUGUCCCUAAUGAGCUUGCCUUUCGCUUAUGUGCUAUUAGAGAAACAUUUGAGGAAUCUGGUGUCCUAUUAGCAAAGUCAAAGAACCAUACUGCUCCUAAAAAGGAUGGUUCAGUAAUCGAUGGUUCGCAUUCAAAUGAGCUCACUAUAUGGCGUAAAAAGGUUGAUGCAGAUGCUUCGAACUUUAUACUGAUGUGUAAAGAACUACAGAUAGUUCCUGAUGUUUGGGCCAUGAUGGAAUGGAGCAACUGGUUAACUCCAACAGCAGCUAAAAAGCUAGGCCUAAAUGCAGGUAGAAGGUAUGAGACUGCAUUCUUCUUAUGUUGUGUAGAUCACCUGCCAAUCACCACUCAUGAUGAGAAAGAAACUGUCAAGUUUGGUUGGCUGACACCUGAUGAAGUGUAUGAAGAUUUCAAAAAUGAGAAACUGUGGAUUGCACCUCCCCAGGUGUAUGAACUAGCCAGAAUUGCUAACUUCAGCAAGUAUGAUGACCUAUUGAAGUUCAGUAAGGAGCGGGCUACAGAAGGAUGUGAACAAAUUAUGCCUGUUAUUUCCAUGUGUACAGAUGGGAGGUUGUCUUUAUACCCAGGAGAUGACCUCUACCCCAGUAAUCCAGACUACAUAGGGGAUCGUGACCCACCUCUGAUAAUAGACUCGACAAUCGAGGAAUCUAGGGGGCAGGCUAAGAACUUAAACCGCAUGGAAUUCCUUGGACUUAAUCAGGUAUCCAUAAGCCAUAACAUUGUUCCUUCAUGUGGUCAUAUAGCCCCUGCCAAGACAGAUACUACAGAAGAUGUGGUGCCUCAUGCCAGUUUGUAAAUAAACAUGUGGUGUGUCAUGUGAUGUGGGAGUUUGUGUGUUCAAUAUCAGUUGUGUAAGAAAAGACUGCUUGUUAUGUACAGCUGGUGAUAGGGAUGCUCAGGUAGUAGCUAGGGUAAUUGACUCAACAAGAACAAAAAAAUUCAAAACUUAAAAAUGGUAAAAGGUUGCACAUUAGGUUUUAAACUUAUGCUCUGAGGUUUAAAAUAUAUUCAUAGAAAAAUUGUACAAUCAACAUAUUUUUUAUCAUUCCAUACAGUGUC